AUGCCACUUACAACCACUGAAAACGAGAUAAAAACCUAUUUUGAAACGUGGGGAGAGAUAGAAGAAUGUCUCCUAACGACAAAUGCAACGACCAUUCUCUGCUGUCUGAAAUUUAUAUUUGCGACUUCUAUCGAUGCUAUUCAGGCCAACCGGCCGCACAAAAUAAAAAACGCCAUCGUAGAAACCAGAAGAAUCUUACCCGAUGGCUACCCAGUUAGGAAACUAUACGUAGGUAGUAUUAAAGGAGGAACAACAACAGGCCACAUUUUUGCUGUCUUUAGCCGCUUCGGCCGAGUUCGUGCAGUGGACAUGAUCAAAGAUAAACUGACAGGGCGAUGCCGCGGUUUCUGUUUUGUUUCUUUCGAUGACUAUGAUUCAGCCGAUAAGUGCCUCUUAGCGAUUCCUCACGUCCUCAAUCGUAAGGUCGUUAGAGUGCAGAAAGCGAUACCGAUUUCUGAGAUGAUGAAACUUUCUGUAGAAUCCGGUAACUCUGAGAACGAAGUAUCUGCAAAUUCGAGAAUUUCAGUCGACUACAAGACUGCACGCAAUCGGGAAUCGAGAAACUCCGUUAGCAGCGCGGACACUGAUUUCUCGGAAACUAGUUCGUUGGAAAACCCAUCUGAGCACGCCUACACCUGCUGUACCCAAGGAGGCUACCCACAACGCCGAAAAGAAUUUGACUUCUCAAACGCCAAACCUGUCCGGCACUAUUUUUACCCAGCCUAUAACCGCCACUGUGCAAAAGAUACAAAGGUCAACUUUCCCCCGUCUUCGCUGUCAUUACGUAAUUGCUCAACCUAUAAACCUGGAAUGAAUAACGUAAAAGCUCCUUACAUGAACGUAAGCUCAAAUUACUUUGUUCCUUAUGUGAAUAAAUCUACCCCUACAAGUAUUCAAUGUCCACUCUAUUCAAACACGUCAUCAGUGCAUUUUAUUCAACCGAAUUCAUAUACGCAUAGAUAUAAUCUCGCUUGUCCUGAUGUACGAAAUCAUAACUUUUGUCUUCCUUUCGUAUCUAAGACUAACGAAAGCGUUUCUUAUGUCCCGCUGCCUAAUGCUAUGUUGAUUCCCGUUUCGUUGAUGUGCAACUACGCCAGGCCUUGUUUCGUAAGCUCGUGCCAAAAUCCUUACAUUUGA